CAAGCUCUGCGCAGUGCAAAGUGCAGCGUCUGUGCGUCCGGAUUGUUUUGCGCUCACGGUGGCGUUUUGUGCCACAUCACAUGUCAUGCAGCUCCAGCGCGCAGAGCUGAAUCUGUGGUCCUGAAAAGAGCACGCUGUAAGGAGCAGGAAAGCGCUUCCACAACAACGGAAGCGAGCGUAUUUUGCAAUUCGGGACAAUUUUGCCCUUACUUUGGAUUGACAGGUGUGGAAGAACAUGCGUUCAACGCGCAGGUGAAAACAAUCUGCUCUUUAACGCCGCUGCAACUUUUCAGUCCUACACCUUGAGCUGCGAGAUUUGUUCUUGUUCUUAUAGCUUACGAUCGUAAAGAUAGUUUAGAAAUCUUGUGAAAUGUCUCGUAAGAAGGCAGCCAAAGGCAAAGCCGCUAGCAGCAGCCCGUCUGCCGGCAGCCCUACCGGGAAAGGAACCGGGAAAUCCGCGAGGAGCAGCCCGGCCAUCGUCCAGAUGAACGGGGUGGUCCACCCCAGCAGACCCUCCAUCAGCAACAGCAGCGAGUUUUACGACAUCGCUUUUAAGGUGAUGCUGGUCGGAGACUCUGGGGUGGGGAAGACAUGUCUACUGGUCCGUUUUAAAGACGGAGCCUUCCUGGCCGGCAGCUUCAUCUCCACUGUGGGCAUCGACUUCAGGAAUAAAGUCAUGAACAUUGAUGGAGUCAAGGUGAAGCUUCAGAUCUGGGACACAGCUGGACAGGAGCGCUUCCGCAGCGUCACUCAUGCCUACUACCGAGACGCCCAUGCUCUGCUCCUGCUGUAUGAUGUCACCAACAAAACAUCCUUUGACAACAUCCAGGCAUGGCUGACUGAGAUCCAUGAGUACGCCCAACAGGAUGUGGUCCUCAUGCUGCUUGGAAACAAGGCUGAUUCAACUCAUGAGAGGGUGGUGAAGAGAGAAGAUGGAGAGAGGCUUGCAAAGGAGUUUGGAGUUCCUUUCAUGGAGACCAGCGCCAGGUCAGGUCUCAAUGUGGAGCUGGCUUUUACUGCCGUGGCAAAGGAGUUGAAGCACCGAUCUACGAAGGAUCCCAGCGAGAAGUUUAAGCUGCAGGAGUAUGUGAACAAGGAGAUGAAGGGUGCAGGCUGCUGCAGGUCUUAAAGCCUUCCACGGUCACUCCCUGGAUCUGUGUGUGUGUGUGUGUGUGUGUAUUUAUUUAUGUGUGUGUGAAUCACUCAUGUUCAUAUCUGAGAUGAGGAGUCAGCUCCAGCGAGGUAAAAACUUUUGUCCUUCUGUCUGUCCUCACAAACUCCAAACUGUAGUCCUGAGCUCAUCUCUUUCUUUCCGUCCUCCUGCAGCUGUGAAUGUAGGUUAUGGUUUGCAACAGACAAAGUUAAGUGCUGCUCACCUCGCUCAUUAUCAUAAAUGGACAUAAUUUUUUCCAUAACUGUAGCUGCAUGAUAAUAACUCUUCUCCUUCAUGCAGACACCAACCAAAUAGAUUUGCACAACCCUGUGUUAUGUUAUUGUAAAGGGAUUUCAUUACUUCAGAUUUGUCUUUUUUUUAGUUAAUGUCAUUUUGGAUGAAUGUUUCUAUAAUAGAUGUAUAGUGAAGUUCUGUCUAUGCCUCAGUGUUCAUGUCAGUGAUUCUACAGGCUAUUUGGAGCCAAAUUAGCUCACCAGCAUAAACUCGAUCUAAGCAUUGCCAUGAUUCAGCUGUGGAUAUUUGGGAAGAAGUUUCACUCAUUUAACAUUCAAGUAAAUGGAAGUGGCUAUUUUUUUUAUGGGUUUUCUAGUUCAGAAAAGCUCAAAUGUAUGAUUAUUUGAAUAGAUUUGAAUUCAUGCUAGAUGGAAAAGGAAGUAUACAGUAGUUUAAAGGCAACUUUUAAUGGGUCACAUGAAAUCUUUUGGGCAUUUUUCCAAAGUAAGAGGAUCAAUGUUGAAUCUUGGGAGUGCUCGAAUGCAACUUCUCUAUUUGAUAAUAAAUAUGACUUCAAAGAUUCAUACAGACUGUACGUAAUCUAUACUGAUUGAUGUAAAUACUUUUGUUUCUGCUUGGAAAGACGAGAUGUUGGAGGAGAAUAACACUGUAAUGGUUCAUUAGUGCAGGUUGGGAGGAAUAGAUGUUUAUAUUAUACUGAUAGUGUUUCCUCAAGUAACACUCUUCAUUUGAAGUUAACAGUGAAACAUUAGUCUGCUGCUUGCUUUUAGAACCAAUCUUAAAUAUAUAAAUGGGGUAUAUAGUGCCAUGUUUUCUUAAAUGCAUUGACUGGUAUGUUUCUUAAAACCAUAUGUUCUCCAUUUUAGAAGCAUUUGCCUCUUUUUGAUACGACUGUUGCUUUGAUAGAAUUCAUGGUAGUCACAGACACAGAAUCUCUGUACAGUAUUCACAGUAUUUUCCAAACUUAAUGUUUAAAGUAAUGUAAUGAUUUUGGCUUUAACUAUUUUUCAAUGUGCAACUUCUGUCUUGUAACUGAAAGUUAAACCCAAUAAAACAGAAGUUAAUGUGA